AUGGGUGCUAAUACUUCUAGGGAAUCAACAGUUAGAGAUAACAGAGACAUUGAAAAGCUUUCAUACAGGGAUGAUGAAAGCUAUGAAGAGGUUUUGAACGAGAAAUUCGCCUCUGUUUCAUUAAAGCCACAGGUAAAUGAAUCCAAAACCAAAUCUGCUGAAGCAAUAUCUCUAGAAUCAAUUGAUAAAUGGGAAGCAUCAUUACUAUCAGAUAAGAAGAACUUGUUAACCAUCAAUGCUUUAGCACACAACCCUAUUGUUAAUGUCAUCAAAAAUCACAAGCAAAUCACAAAAGAUUCAGUUGAUAUUUGGAAUACUCAAGCUUCUUUAGAAGGUUCACCAAUCACUUCUCAGAAUAGUAGUGGGAGAUGCUGGAUCUUUGCGUCAACCAAUGUUUUUAGAACCUUUUAUCAAAAGAAAUUUGAUAUUGAAAGCUUUGAACUUUCACAAGCUUAUCUAUUCUUUUGGGACAAAUUGGAAAAAUCAAACUAUUUAUUGAAUAAUAUUAUUGAAACUGCUGAUGAAAAAUUAGAAUCAAGAGUCGUCCAGACUAUCUUAGCUAAUGGACUAAGCGAUGGUGGUCAAUGGGAUAUGAUUGUGAAUUUGGUGAACAAGUAUGGUUUAGUUCCAAAAUCUGUUUAUAACGAUGAUUAUCAUGCUUCAAACUCUGCUGCUUUGAAUUAUGUUUUGGUGAACAAAGUUAGGGAGUAUGCAUUGGAGUUGAGAAGAUUGAUCAAUGAUGAGAAAGUUUCAAAAGAAGAAGUCACUCAUGUUAAGGAUAAACAGAUUCAUGAAAUCUACAACAUUAUUGCCUUAUUACUAGGCCCACCUCCAAAAGCCGAUGAAGAGUUUACUUGGGAAUACAAGGAUAAAUCAGGUAAGGCACAUUCAAUCAAAAACUCUCCAUUGGAUUUCGCCUCACUUGUUGAUUUACAAAUCAAUGAAACCUUCUCAUUGAUUAACGAUCCAAGAAAUGAUUAUGAUAAGCUAUACACAGUUGAUAAAUUGAACAAUGUUGUUGGAGGUAAACCAAUUGAUUAUGUUAAUGUCAAAUCUAUUGUUCAAAAGAAAGUUAUUAUUGAUUCAUUGAAAGAUAACCAGCCAGUGUUUUUCGGAUGUGAUGUUGGUAAAUUCCAGGAUAAUGGUGUUCUUGACACUGAGGCCUUUGAUUAUGAAUUGGCAUUCAACACUAAAUUGAAUUUGACAAAAGAACAAAGAUUGAAAGUUGGCUCUUCUGCAAUGACACAUGCCAUGGUUAUCACAGCUGUUCAUGUUAUCGACGGUGAGAUCCAAAGAUAUAAAAUUCAAAAUUCAUGGGGUGAAACUGCUGGUAAUAAAGGUUAUUUUGUUGCGACUGAUAAAUGGUUUGAUGAAUACGUUUAUCAAGUUGUUACAAGCACCAAAUAUGCUCCUAAAUACUUGACUGAAAUCUGGAAGAAAGGUGACUACAGUGUUCUUCCAAUCUAUGAUCCAAUGGGUGCUCUUGCUUGA